CCGGGAUUUGCCGCAAAUCUGCUCAAGGGUCGAAGCUCUGGGCACCGCGCAGCCAGUCCCCGAAAGCUAGGAGGGUCUCGGAGUCCAUUUCAUCAUCGAAUUCGCCGACCACUGCACUUUGGGGGAACAAUCGCACGACUAAUUCCCAUCUCCACGAUUGCGACUUCUUCAACCACCACAACACCAAUUGCAAACCGCCAAAAUGCCCGGCCCAGACGGAAGACCCUCGUUGCUCGAUCAGCCUAUGCCAUCGUCUUUUGACGAGAACAACGAAUUCUACGAUGAGCGCGUUCUUCACAAGGCCUUCCGCAAGCUCAAGGAGGAGCCUCUGAUUCCCCUUGGAUGUGGUCUGACCGUCUUCGCCUUCGUCAACGCCUGGCGCGCCACCCGCCGCGGCGACGCCAGACAAGCCAACAAGAUGUUCCGCGCCCGUGUCGCCGCCCAGGGCUUCACCGUAUUCGCCAUGCUCGCCGGUAGCAUAUACUACAACAAGGACCGCGAACGCACCGCCGAGCUGCGCAAGAUCAAGGAGGCCAAGGACGCCGAGGAGCAGCGCCAGCGCUGGAUCCGCGAGCUCGAGGCCCGCGACGAGGAGGAGAAGGCGCUCAAGGCGAGGAUGCUGCAGAGGAGGGCGAGGCUCGACGCCAAGAACGCCGGUGAAGAUACGCCGGCUGAGGGAGAGCAGGGCAAGACCGGGGGCGUGCUCGGCGCGCUCGGCUUGUCGGCGUGGAAGAAGCCUGAGGAGGGCGAUGCUGCUGCGGCUGAGAAGCUGGUUGAGGAGAAGCCGCAGAAGAAGGAGAACCCUAAGAGCUCGCUUGGAGCCAUUGGCGAGAUUUACGGCAGAAAGCCGUCGUCAUCGAAUGGGUCAUCAGAAGAGCCCAAGAAAUAAGGAUGAACAGGGGCAAGAUCGACACUCUGAUUUGUAUCACAUCACGGCUACAUUGUACAGUACUGGCAUUGGCAUCGACGCUUAGGACGGGCAUAUUGUCUCAUUGAAGACUCCGCUCCGUCGUAUAUAAAACCGGGGGCAGCCGGCGGCGCAUCUGGG